UAGCCACAGCCAAGCUGCUCCGCGUCGCCAGUGUGUGAACGAGCCCAGCCAGUCUUUUUCAAACUCCCAUUUCCUUCUUUUUCCCAGUUUCGCUUUUCCCUUUGCAAUCCACCUGAAUCCGUCCAUUAGAUUCGCCAUGGCCAGCAAGAUCCGCCAGAACUACCAUGAGGACUGCGAAGCAGCCAUCAACAAGCAGAUCAACAUGGAGCUAUACGCUAGCUACGUCUAUCUAGCCAUGUCUAGCUACUACGCCAGGGAUGACGUUGCCCUUCCAGGACUGAAGAAGUUCUUCAAGGAAUCCAGCGACGAAGAAAGGGGACACGCCGAAAAGCUCAUGGAGUUCCAGAACAAGCGAGGAGGCACUGUUGUCCUUCAAACCAUCGCAAGCCCUUCCAGCAAUUCGUGGGCAGGGGCUCUGGAAGGUCUCCAGACCGCUUUGGACCUCGAGAAGAAAGUGAACCAGAGCCUCCUAGACCUCCAUAAGAUCUCUAGCGAGAGGAACGACCCACACCUCUGCGACUUCCUGGAGGAGAAGUACCUGGAGGAACAGGUGGAGGCCAUCCACAAGAUCGGAGACCUGAUCACUCAGCUGAAACGCGCAGGACCAGGCGGUCUCGGGGAAUACCUCUUCGACAAAUCACUCCAGUAACAACAACAACAACAACAAGGCGACCCUCAUCCUGAUGUCUGGAAACUUACAUCCAGUGGCGAUGAACCCUGGUAGUGUGUAUAAUGAAGCAAGUUUGAAAAAACACAAAAAAAUCAUAAAACCAUCCUAAUUGGAAAGCAUGCCUAGAGUCUAUAGACAAUUCUCCUGUGGUUCUGUAAACUAUGUAGAUGGAUGUCCAUGUCAAGUCUUAUGGGUGGAAUUCUACAGGGAGGAUUCACUGACAAAAUUGUCCCUCUUUUCUCUUCUAUUUCGGAAACCCUUCUCAAAAUUAUUCAUUUCUGACAAUAAAGUUUAGACCAAAUUACAGAA